GGGGAGGUCGAAGGUCCAGAGACUAUAUAAGACCUGGCGGCGAGGAUCAGACAUCAGUAUCUUUCAACUGCAGCCAACAUGAAGUUUAUGAUCAUCAUCGCUGUGGUCGCUGUGGCCGUUGCCGCCCCUCAGUACAGGUACGCCUUCCAGUCUGAAGAAUCUAGUGAGGAGGCUGACGAUUCUCAGUAUGAAGACAGCGACUCUUUCGAAGAUUCUAGUGAAGAGAUCGCUGCCCCUCAAUAUACCUACGGUGCCUCUUCUGAAGAGUCCAGUGAAGAGUCCAGUGAAGAGGUCGAGGUAGUUCCUAUCUUGAGGGACGACCGUGUCCACGAAGAAGAUGGCACGUACAGCCUUGACGUGGAGACUGGCAAUGGCAUCAUCCUGUCUCAGUCUGGUUCUCCCAGUGGCCCUGAUGGCUCUGUGGUCAAGGCUGGAGGAUACUCGUACGCUGCUCCUGACGGCACUCCCGUAGUUGUCAAGUUCAUUGCCGACGAAAACGGCUACCAGCCCCAGUCUGACCUACUGCCAGUGGCUCCCGCCUUCCCCCACCCAAUACCUCAGUUCGUGCUGGACCAGAUCGCCUUCGCUGCUGAGGAGGACGCUGCCCGCGCCCGAGCUGAGGCUGCUGUUUCCUCAGAAGAAAUCAGUUCCCCUGUCCGAUACUAUGGCGCCCCUCAGUAACUGCUAUGAUGUGGACACCUCAAUAUUUAUUUAUUUUAUGCUUAUUUGAAGGAAAGAAAUAAAUUAUAAAGAAACUUG